AUGAACCCAGAGAUUCCUGCAGUUCUCGACAGGUAUAAUCUUGCUCGGGAUGGAUCUCAUGUCGAGGUUCAGAACCACCUGGGCAAGGGUUUGUGUGCCCUGGGUAAGGGCAUUGACUUAUUGUUAAAUGGUGACACAACUGUGAUAAAAAAUGAGUUGCUCGAGUAUCUGUGCGAUACCGGCAGAAUUUUGACAAAUUUAUUUCACCGCGAGUCUGUGACGAGGAGAAAUUUGAUUUACCCCUCUCUAAACAAGAAGGUCAAGGAACAGGUGGAGAUUUGUCCACCGUCGUCGUUUCUCUUUGGAGAUGACCUUGGGGAAAAAAUAAAAUUGGCGAAGAAUUUGGAAAGCGUCACUAAAGAUCUAAAGUUGCCAGCAACGGGCCCCCCUUCAGGUCCAGAAUUUAAACUCUCAACGCCCGGUCCGUCGAGGGGGCGAGACGAGACCAUACAAGGGACAGCCUUCGAAGGGAGCACGUUGGACAAAGAAGGGCCAGCAGAGCCAUCCUUAUCACAAACAACGGAGGGAUUAAUAUCGCGGACACCUCCACCCUUUAUCAGGAAGCCUUACCCUGGUGGUCGCGAGGUUAUCAGGGAGGCCUUCAAACGAAAAGGACUACCGGACAAUGCCAUAGAGACUAUUUUCAGCUCCUUAGCUGUUUCCACAGUUAAGCAAUACAACACAACACUUAAACUUUGGUGGGAAUUCUGUGAGGAACAGAAAAUUUCCCCAUAUGAAGGCGAAGUAUUAAAGAUAAUAUCCUUCUUACAAAACCUGCUGGAAACCACGGAAAAUAGAUAUGGAUCCUUCAACUCCCACAGAGCAGCUUUAACCUUAAUCACCUCGGGGAACAUUAGUUCAGAUCCUAACCUCAAAAGGUUUUUGAAGGGGAUAUCUAGAAUUAGACCACAAAGGCCUAGAUAUGAAGCUACAUGGGACCCCCAACAGGUGCUAAAGUUUUUGGGAAGCACCCCUGAUGGCAAUCUAAAACAACUGUUGCAGAAACUGGUGACUUUGCUAGCCCUAGCAACAGGACAAAGGAUCCAAACAAUCUCGUUGAUUAAGUGUAGCAACAUCAAGUUUUUAGACUCUGGCGUAAAGAUCCUAAUUCCAGACCAAAUAAAAACGUCAGCACCCGGAAGGAAACAACCCUGUUUGAAUUUGCCCUUUUUUGAGGAAAAUGCAAGACUGUGCGUAUCCAGAUUGAUUAAGUCUUACUUAACCCUGACUGACCCUGUAAGACCCACGGGCUGCGACAACUUGUUUUUGACCUACAAGAAACCACAUGGGCAAGCAAACAAACAGUCGCUGAGCCGUUGGGUAAAAGCGACACUUAAGGAAGCGGGAGUGGACAUGACUCUGUUUUGUGCCCACUCCACUAGACAUGCGUCCACAUCUGCAGCCCUAAGGAAUGGUAUGUCCCUGGACACUAUUAGGAAGUCAGCGGGCUGGACCGAACAUUCAUCGUCUUUCGCUCGUUUUUACAAUCGACCACUGGCAGUCUCAGACGAGUUUAUGAAUGCCGUAUUUAAACUUUAA